AAGAGAAGGAAACUCGGAUCGUCCACCCAAUUUCACGCUCAGGAAUAUUAUGGCUUCUAAAGCACAUACUGGAAUAUUCUGCAGUCUGCAUGAGGAAAAACUGAAGCUGUUCUGUGUGGAUGAUAAAGAGGCUGUCUGUGUUGUGUGUCAAACUUCAAAGAAACAUGAGAAUCACAAGCUCCGUCCUGUUCAGGAGGCUGCACAGGAUUAUAAGGGAGAACUCAAGACUGCGCUGAAGCCCUUGCAGGACAAGCUGGAAUUCUUUAAUAAAGUUAAAAAAGAGUGUGAUAAAACAGCAAAGCACAUCAAGAAACAAGCCCAGCAAACAGAGAGGCAGAUAAAGGGGGAGUUUGAGAAACUUUGCCAGUUUCUACGAGAUGAAGAAAAGGCCAGGAUAGCUGCACUGAGGAGGGAAGUGGAACAAAAGGGAAGAAUCAUGAAAGAGAAGAUUGAAAAACUUACCAGAGAAAUCUCAUCCCUUUCAGACACAAUCAGAGUGAUAAGAGAGGAGAUGAAAGCUGAAGACAUCUUCUUCCUGCAGAAGUACAAAGACACACAGAGAAGAGCCGAGUGCACACUGCAGGAUCCACAGUGUGUUUCAGGAGCACUGAUAGAUGUAGCCGAGCACCUGGGCUCUCUGUAGUACAAAGUGUGGGAG